AUGGCUGGUUGGAAGGAGGAUGAAGAGGACCCCAAGGAUCUGUAUGACCUCGUUCUGUCGACUAUCCCGGAAUCUUCGGAACACUCUAUUCCCAGGCUCUUUUAUAAGCUCAUGGAUCUCAAAGUGGACGACACAACAUUGCUUAACUAUAGCAUCAAAGUCCAAGAGAUCACCAGUCGUCUACAGCAACUAGGUCUGCCUAUUGAUGAUAAGAUAAAGAUCCUUAUGGUGAUGAGAAAAAUCAAGUCUAAUCAUUCUCGAUGGCAUUCUUCUCUCGAAAGGGACUUGUACGGAGGCACCUUAACGUGGGAAUCGUUCAUGCUUGACAUCAUGAUCACAAACAGCUAG